AUGGCAGAAAAUUCGUCAAGGAAGAACCUCAAACGAUCUUUCUUAGAAGAUGAUGAUUCCAAUAAGCAACCACCAGAAAAACGAGUACGGUUUCCUAAAGGGAAGAAAUCUAAACCUGAACAAGUCUUAGAGGAAGAGACUGUAGCUCGCCGCGAAGCCCGUGCUGCUGCUGUGGCGCGUGCACAGGCUCGCAAUCAGAUUACUGCUGAGCUCUUUAUCGACGAUGAUAAUAUCGAUGAGGCUGGGGAGACUUAUGAGAAUGAUGGGAACCGCACAGAAGAUGGGAUUCAGAUCGAAGCUUUUAGUCUGGACAGGGAGAAAGAAGAAGGAUACUUUGAUGCUGAUGGGAACUUUGUAGAAUAUGUUAGAGAAAAGGAAGUCAAGGAUGCAUGGCUUGACAGUAUUGAAAAUAAUCCGAUGUAUAUGGGACGAUCUGCUGCAAAUGAUACUGAGAAGGAUGAUGAUAGUGGGAACGAAAAACCAGUGGAUGAACUUUCUCAAGAAGAUAUUGGAGUCAGAAAGAGGCGUAUUGCUAAUGUCCUUGAACCAGGGGAAACGGUCCUGCGAGCUUUAAGGAGGUUGAAAGGGAAUAAUCGCAAGGAGAAGAUGACGUAUGAGACCAAGCUUAUCUUUGAUCAGCUUACUGAUGAUGCGGACAAGCUCAUCCAGAAUGGCGACUACAAUGUUUAUCAUGAGGAUCAAGAAGUUUUUGAACGCGAAGCAGAGGGUUAUGAGAGACUAGCUCAAGCGAGAGGAAAUGGGAAUGCUGAUACAGAAUCUUGUGAUAUGUUUGGUGAUGAUGAAGAUGCUCCGAUCCCUUCCUCUAAUUUACCUUCUGGCUCCAUCUCGGGCACUCAGCUUAAUCUUGAUACAACAGCUGCCGAAAAUGGAGCCUCGCAACAUGGGCACACAAAUGAUGGAUCUGAUUAUGUCUUUGAUGAAUCUUCCGGGUACUAUUACAGCAGCAGUCUUGGUUACUAUUACGACGCAAAUACUGGAUUAUACUGCUCUGCAACAACCGGCAAAUGGUACAAGUACAACGAAGAGACGAAGGAAUACGAAGAGGUGGUUUCUGAAGUUGCCUCGGUGGAGGAAGUUUAA